AUGGGCUGGCUUGGUGAGUUCUUCAGCCUAGAGGCGUUGGACACUCGACUUCAAGCACCGGCCGAUUAUAAGAAAAAGGAUGCAGUGGUGAAACAAAGUCUGCCUCCUCGAUGGAACACACCCGAAUUCAAAUUCUACUUUGUGGCAUUCUGCUUCGUGGUACCCAUGAUGUUGAAGGCGUGUAUGGAGGCCAGCAAUGAACACAACCCCAAUUACCCUAAAUAUGCAAAGUACCUUUCACAGGGGUGGAUAUUCGGAAGAAAAGUCGAUAACUCUGAUACCCAGUACCUGUUUUUCCGGGAUAACUUCUGGCUUCUCAUGGCUCUCGUCUUUGGUCACUCUUUGUUAAGAAAGGGACUCAAUUUGGCGGUUGGAGGAGCACAAACUACGAUCACGCGUACUCAGUAUGACUUUUGCUUCGGGUUAAUUUAUCUAGUGGGACUUCAUGGAACUAGCAUCUUCAAGAUGUUCACCCACUAUUUGAUCAAUUACGCAAUUGCAAAGAUUGCGGCUCCUCGUCUCGGUAAGAAACCAGCGGCUUUGCUCACUUGGGCUUAUGGAUUGUCGACGUUGUUUCUUAACGAUAAGAUACGUGAUGGCCCAAUUGGAAUCUCCUGGAUUGACAGCAGUUACAUGGGCAUAAUCAAACGGUGGGACGUGUUUUUCAACUUUUCUGUAUUGAGAAUGAUCUCCUUCAAUAUGGAUUAUAUUGAAAAGCUCGAUGAACCGGUGUCUGAAGAAGUCGUGGUUGAAGGUUUGGACGACCGCAAACGGUUGGUGGCACCUUUACCACUCUCAGAUUACUCGUUUUUCCACUAUAUUGCAUACUUGACAUACGCACCUUUAUUCCUUGCAGGCCCCGUCUUGACCUUCAAUGACUACAUUUAUCAGCUGAGUUACUAUCCCUUGCCAUCGGUACGUGAUUUCCGCCGCAUUGCCAUCUACUUUGUACGGUUCUUAUUUUGCGUACUUUGUAUGGAAAUCAUUUUACACUUUGCCUAUGUGGUUGCGGUAUCCAAGGCUAAAGCAUGGGAUGGCGACUCGCCAUUCCAGAUCUCUAUGGUUGGUUUUUUCAACUUGAUCUGUAUUUGGCUCAAAUUGUUGAUUCCUUGGCGCUUGUUCCGCUUUUGGGCUUUAUUCGAUGGUAUCGAUCCGCCGGAAAACAUGAUCAGAUGUAUGUCAAACAAUUUCAGUGCAUUAGCAUUUUGGCGUGCUUGGCAUCGGUCGUUCAAUCGAUGGGUCAUCAGAUAUAUCUACGUCCCACUUGGAGGCGGCGGAAAUAACCGUAUUCUCAACUCCUUAUUGGUGUUCUCCUUCGUCGCCAUCUGGCACGAUAUUGAACUUAGAUUAUUGUUUUGGGGUUGGCUUGUGGUAUUCUUUUUACUUCCGGAAAUUGCCUGCACCCAAUUUUUCAAACCGUAUCGUGAAAAGUGGUGGUACCGCCAUCUCGCUGCUCUCGGCUGCACGAUCAACAUAUGGAUGAUGAUGAUUGCCAACUUAUUUGGUUUUUGCUUAGACAAGGAUGGUAUGUUGAACUUAUUGCGUGAUUUAUUCAAAACCGUCGAUGGUUUCUCCUUCCUCGUCGGCUCUACCAUUAGUCUUUGGAUUGCCACUCAAGUCAUGUUCGAAAGACGGCAAGGUGAACUUCGCAGAGGGGUCAACGUUCGUUGUUAG